UCUAUGUUUAUUACUCUAUGGGCAACAUUCAAAUCACCAUCUGUGGAUAUGAACCCUGAAUAUUCUUCAUGCAUCUCACUCUAUGUAAUUCACGAACGUUAUGUCAUCUUCCUGUCACCGUUUUUUUUGCCAUUCAACUUUUUUUUGUAUGAUCCUCUAAACUUUAGAUUAUACAGGGGUAGAAGCAGCGUUAUAAGGAUUGAAUAGAUGUUAAUCCCAAUUUAUUAGAAGAGUUAAAUUCGCAAUAUGAACGAUCAAUUUUUGGAUUGCUAUAAUAUAAGUGAUAAUAGCCUCAAUAGAGCUGAUCUAAAACCAAAAAAAAGAUACGAGAACUUGGUUGAAAGAAGCAAAACGACGCACAUAGACCAUCAAAUUCCUAUAAAAAGAUACAUCCAGAUAGCAGAUGCCUUACUUUUUGCCGCGAAGAAUUCUGAAAACAAGCAAGCUCAUGAAGCAGCACUGAUCAAUUACAUUCGGUAUCAAUCGUUGGUGAAGAAAUUGAGGACGCACAAAAAGUACAAGGAUAUACCGAUUGGAGACAGAUCUGCGUUCGAUUAUAAGUUGAAGAAUGUCAUGAAGAAUGUUAAAGCCAUCAGUGAGAUUGUCAUACAGGAAUACAAGAAGUUAUAUCAGAUAUCCAGGUUUGAUACACAGGAUCAAAAUUUGGAAGGGUAUCAAGAACAAAGACCAACCUUAUCGACUGUAAAGACAUUCAUCAGCGGUUACAAGGGAGAUUCUGUAAGAUUCUCAAGCCAGCCUUCACUAAGUGCCACCAGGUCAAUGAGCAGAUCUAGAUCAAAAAUGAUAGCCGACUCUUACUCUACCAUGAGUGUCCCGAUAUAUCGAGCCUUUUCUUCUAACUUGGACGUCAAUCUCGGCCUCAGACGUUCCAUAUUCCCUACUAAGCAAGUAAAGGAGUUUGACGUCAUUCACACCCAGAGGAAGAUAGUGAGGAGCCACAGAACUGUGAUAGUACCCAGCAGAAUAACCACUGAGUUCUCCUACCUCUCCUACAGGAACACCAAGCAAAACAUUGAGACUGUAGGGUAUCUAGCAGGUAGUGAACUGAAUGCUACUCAGUUUUUGGUUUCCCAUUUGAUACUUCCUGAGCAGGUAGGAUACUCUGAUUAUUUCAAGGUCAGGGAUUCGCUAGAACUGAUCAGGUAUCUAGACAUGCAUGACUUGUUGGUCUUAGGUUGGAUACACUCUCAUCCAAUGGAGUGCAACUACCUAUCCAGCAGCGACAUGCACUACCACAGCGUGUUUCAAAGCGUACUCCCAGAAGCUAUAGCUAUAGUGUAUAGUCCAAAGUUUAUGACCAGUACUACAUUCAAUCUUACGCCCAAUCACGGUCUCAAGUUCAUCUUGAACUGUAGGAAGAAGGGUUUCCACACACAUCCAACCAAUCCACCAAUCACAAUGGUAUCUCAGCAUGCUAUAACUGAUCUGUACGGGGAUCUGAUAGUGAAAGAUUUCAGGGAUAGCAGGAGAGGUCAAGGUGAGAUGGAUAAUCCUAAAUCAUCGAUUACUUCGAAUCUGUUUGAAAGGAUGCUCAGGGAUACUCAGUCUACUGAUGCAAGGCAUAGGAUAAGAAAGAGUGAAGUGAGUUUCGUACAUAUUGGUCGAUGAGAAUAAAGUUAUAAGGGGAUUA